AACUCUGCAUUCAGAAUAUACUUUUCGCCAUCCUCGGCCCGUGACAUGCUUUGAGAUUUCAUGCUUCGAAACAAACGCCCCUUUCAUAGCCAUAGUAUAACGGAGAGCUUUGUAUGGUUAAAAUAAGUAAGAAUUGUUCCCGGGAGAAUGUAAAUAAGAAAUACUAAUUAGAUGCAAAAAAAAAACUCUCAGCUGCCUCUUGGGUGUGAUAUUCAUUUCCAAAAACACUUUUUAGAAUAUUCAUUAGGCCUAUACGAGAACCGCUUGCUCACGUUGUCAAGUGAAACAUCAAACCUUAUCCUGUCUGUAUUUAUAUGAAAGUCAUCUGAAGGACGGCCCCUAGCUUUCCGUUUCUAAUGCACCAGUCCUGACCCCUUCAUCUGCGCCAUUUUAUAUUAUUGUAGCCUUCAUGGAUAAAGUGAUGGCGUGGGACAGAUCGGUUUAGGCUGACUGGACUGAGAAUAACAGAUGUACUUUGUAAAAUUAUUGUGUUCUUUUAAGUUAUCUUUGUCAGAGGAAAUAACGAACUAACUGAUCAAUCCUAAAAGGUUUUCCAUUUAUUAUUAUUAUUAUUAGUAGUAGUAGUAGUAUCUUUAUAUUAUUAUUAUUACUAUUAUCAUCUAUGAUAAUAACAAUUAUUAUUAUUAUCAUUGUUAUUGUUAUUGUUGUUGUUAUUAUUAGCGGUCUCCCCAUGUGAAAUUUCCCUUUUGUGGAUUGUGCGCUGGGGAGAUUGGAUGUGUAUCCAUGCCCCGUCCUGACCUAGCACCCCACCCCCCGUAUCACAGACAGACCGGCACACAGCCGCGCGCAUCCCCUUCGCUCGCGAUGGCAGAGGAGUCGCACGCAAACGGGGGCGGAACGGGUCGGUCCAAAGACGCGAACCUGAGCUCCUCGCUAGAACUGGGCACGUCCCUUGACCAGAGUGUGCAAACCCGAAUAUUUAAAAUUAUAGUAAUCGGGGACUCUAAUGUGGGGAAAACGUGUCUAACCUUUCGCUUCACCGGAGGAAGCUUCCCGGGGAAAACAGAGGCGACGAUCGGCGUGGAUUUCAGGGAAAAAGCCGUGGAAAUAGAGGGUGAAAAAAUUAAGGUGCAAGUGUGGGACACGGCUGGCCAGGAGCGCUUCCGCAAGAGCAUGGUGGAGCACUACUACCGCAAUGUGCACGCCGUGGUCUUUGUUUACGACGUGACCAAGAUGUCCUCCUUCCAGAACCUGAAGACCUGGAUACAGGAGUGCAACGGGCACCGUGUCUCGCCCUCCGUACCCAGGGUCCUGGUGGGCAACAAGUGCGACCUGCUCGACCAGAUCCAGGUGCCCUCCAACGUGGCUCUCAAGUUCGCCGAUUCCCAGAACAUGCUGCUCUUCGAGACAUCCGCAAAGGACCCCAAGGAGAGUCAGAACGUGGACUCCAUCUUCAUGUGUCUGGCUUGUCGACUUAAGGCCCAGAAGUCCCUCCUCUACAGGGAUGUGGAGAGAGAGGAGGGCAGAUUAAAGCUCUCCCAGGAACCCAACCCCAGAAACGCCUGCCCGUGCUGAGGGGACCCCACAGUCCGUCUUCUCUUGGUCGAGAACGGAAGAAUCUCGUGUACUGCGAAAGACGUGAAGAAACAAAUUAGCAUAAAGAUCUCCUUCAAAAGAACGUGCCUGUGACUAGUCCUCCUUCUCUGUGUGAUGACUUCUAACUCGCCUGUCUCCUUGGCCCCCCUCUGUCCUGCUCUCAAUCUGUCACUCUCCUUUUGGCCGUUUAACUUCUGCUGUUAAUCUCCUCCUGCCCUAGCAACCAACGUAUGAUAGUACUGCCUCUUCUUCUGUUUAUGGCCUUCAGACGAAAAAAAGACACUGACUACCUGCUGUCUUCGAGGACUGAGAAGUUGACUGUAUUAUUGAUAGGACAACUGCACUGAAUUCAGUAUGGCCAUCUCGCUGCCAAAUGUAUUGCCUGUGAUUUUUUCUUUUAAUUUAAAAAACUAAAUGAAAAAUGAUUGCAGUCACAACAAAAUAUCAGCCCAGACUCCCAGGAGUGAAACUGUGCUGCAGGGGUAUAGAACAAUAUUUCAGCAGUACAAGAAUAUCGUGUACCUGUGAAAACUCACCAUCACAGCUAAUAUUCUGAUCCAGCCUUCUGUGGAAGGGGGAGCAAUUUAGGGAUGUCAACAGUGCAAUGUAGCUGGCUGCCAAAUAUAUGACUUUUAGGGAGAUAUUACUUCUGUAAGUAUGGUUUGGUUAUUACACAUUUCAGCUAUGUAGUAACCAGUGUUACACUGUAUCUCAGGGCUGCCCAAUACCCCUCCUGAAGAUCUCCCACCUUGCAGAGCUUAGAUACAGCCCUAAUUUAACACACCUGAUACAGAUAAUGAGACCCUUCGGGUGCAGCUCAGUAUUAGAGUCAGUUAUAUUGAAGCUAAGCUGGCUGUAAUACUGAGACAUUACUGAAGGGCCUGAUUAUCCGUAUCAGGUGUGUUAAAUUAGGGCUGUGCCUGAACUCUGCGGGGUGGUACAUCUCCAGGAGGAGAAUCGGGUGGCCCUGCUCUUGCCAUGAUACUGCUGAAUUAGUAGGUGAAGCUCCACAGCAAACCGAAGGGAACAACCCAGGAUGGAGCGCCAACCCAUUGCAGGGCACACUCACACACCAUUCACUCUCACACACCAUUCACUCUCACACACCAUUCAGUCUCACAGAUCAUUCACUCACAGACCAUUGACUCACAGACAAUUCACUCACACACCAUUCAGUCUCACACACCAUUCACUCACACACCAUUCAGUCUCACAGAUCAUUCACUCACAGACAAUUCACUCACACACCAUUCAGUCUCACAGAUCAUUCACUCACAGACCAUUCACUCUCACUCAUCAUUUACUCACACAUCAUUCGCUCACUCACCAUUCUCACCUAAGGGCAAUUUAGUAACUCCAGAUAACCUCAGCAUGUUUUUGGACUGUGGGGGGAAACCGGAGUACCUGGAGGAAACCCCACGACGCCACAGGGAGAACAUGCAGACUCCACACACAUGGUGUCAUACCAGAGGCUCGAACCCUGGUCCCAGAAAUGUGAGGCGACAGUGCUGCCCUGUCUUCUUUCAGUCAUGCUAAAUUAGUGCUGAAAAAGUUAUACGUUUUUUUUAUUACUUUAAAGCUCCUCCGUUGUGUGUUGAUCUCUGUUGUUUUCAUAAUCAGCUUUUCUGUAGCCAAAACUGACUGACGACUGAAAAUAGAGCCAAGUGCCUGAAUGCCUCGCCUUUCCGGAGAGUUUCAGCGUUAAUUUUAACAUCCGGUUCCGCGUCAGCGUGUCAUUAGCACAGCCUGCUUGUUCCGCACGUGGCUGCUCAGACUGUGACAUCACUCAGGUUGGAGGAGGUCCGGAAGUGCGGAAACGUGUUCUGUCCUGACACAGGAAGUCUGACCUGUACUGUAACUGACUCAGAAUCAGAGAGACCUGUCAGCUGAAUCAGCCUUUGCAGCAUCACAAGCAAUAACACACAUCAAGCAUAAACCUCCAUUCAUCCAUCUACCGACUGCCUAUCCUGGACUGGCUUGUAGAAAAGAGAGAGUUCUUCUACAGUGUUUCCCAAGGGGGGCGGCGUGAGUUUUCAGUCUGCAGGGGCCAAGCUACGCCUGACUUUAGGGAUACAGUAAUCGCUUAUUUAUGCCAGUAACUGCCGUAGCCUCCUAGCAUGUCUGUGCCUUUAGGUAACAAUCCCCAUUCUGCUUCUGACCAAAGCACUGGCUGGUUUUUAGGUUCUACCUUAAAUUACUAACGACAUCAGUAUUAAGGGAUCGGUUCUUAGGUGAGGUGUGUAAGUACUAUGGGUUGAUGAAUAUAUAUGUGUUUAUCAUUAUACUGUGACUGCAGGCCGUGGGGGUUUUGCUCGUCUUUACAUUUUUGAGGGGUUCCGCCCUUCCUCAGAAGCACUCAUCUUCGGCACCAUGCCCACUGUCAGCUGUCCAUCUCCUUUGGUACAGGAAUGAUAUGACUGCAUUUGCCUUGUUUAGGUGGUUCAGUCAACCAGCCCAGUGACCUGAAACACACUCAUCUCAUUUGAUUAAUCUUCCAGUAAUGCCCUUAGAUGUACUUGAAUUACAUCCAAUAGUGUGCUAGUCUCUAAUGACUCACGUUUCACAAUUCUGUUACUGACAGUAUUUACUGUGCUGUUUGGUGCAGCUGUGAUGUCUGACCUUGUGAAACAAUCUGAUGGCAAAUGGAUGGUUUGGGUUUCAGUAAAUUUGCAUCGACUUUGGACAAGCUGACAUUGACCAUCAUUAUCAUUGAGACUGAUAUUCGAGUGUUGCUGCAUAUCUGCUGCUAGCGUUUUAGGUAACUAGGACUGUGUCAGGCAACAGUGGUUGGACAUUCUCCCUGUGACAUUUGGGUUUCUUCCCACUGCUCCAGUUUCCUCCUGCAGUUGAAAGAAAUAGUUAAGCUAAUUGGCAUCUUUACAUUUAUAUAUAAUGUGUGUGUGUGUGUGUGUUUGUGGAUUAGCUUAAUGUUACAUUGUGGGGACCAAAUGUGACCACAUUGUGAUAAAAAUCUGUGCUUUUGACAUUGUGGAGACCAUUUUUCAGGUCCCCACAAAGAUCUGAAUGUAAUCAAAAAACUAAAAAUGCCACAAAUCAUUUUUUGAUUGGUUACGGUUGGUUAUUGUUAAGGUUAGGUCUGGGUAGGGGUUAAAGAUGUCAUAGUUAGCAUUAGCAUUUUCCCCCACAAAGAUAUGAUUACAGGUAUCUGUGUGUGUGUGUGUGUGUGUUGUUGCCCUGAAGCAGACUGGCAUCCCAUCCAUAGUGCACUCCUACCUUUCUGCUAGGGACAGGCUCCAUGGUCCUGUGAACCUGGCCAGGUUAAGUGGUUCGAAGUUGGAUGGAGAUUCCUGCAUGAUGCCUGAGAACAGGCAGCCAUGCUGGUUACUUGGUGGAUGAUGAAGGUCUUUGUGUGGUUUUCAGAAAGAUUUUCUGUAAAUGAUAUAUCCUCGGUAAAAAAAAAAAGGCUUUAUUUGUGGUGGCAUAAGGCAUCUCAACGUUAGCUGUUCAUUAAGUGUGAGCCAUUGGUUUGAGCUGUUUAAACGUGACACGUAUAUUCUGGUACAGUAUUAAACCAGUAGAUCGGAAAUCUUGUAAAAACCUACACGCAAAUCAAAUCAGAACAUUCCUGUCCAGUGUUCUCAUCCUGUUUGGAAAUCCAUAAAGGUGCUGGAUUUGAUACAGGUCGCCCCUUGCAUACUGAGGCUUUUACACCCAGACUAAUUUCAUGCUUUAACGGGACAAUUGUUAAACACUCAUGAGUAACAGAAAUUGUAUGCUUUGAAAAUAAAGCAAAUAAACUGUGCCACUGUGGA